AUUAUUAUUAUUAUUUUGUGCUUUCUCUAUUUGAAGUCUUCACUUGAGUGGUCGCUCUCACGCGUAAACACAAACGCAUAGAUCCUCCCUUCUUUUUUUCUUCUUCUUCUUCUUCUUCUUUCGUCUUAAGCUUUUCAACUUUCGAAUAUCUUUCUCAAAUUUUCUACACAGCUCUGAUUUUUUUUUUUUAAAUGCGUAAUCAAAAGUUUUAGCACAAAAACAAGAAAAGAAAAACUUGUCUUUUGGGUCAGUUUCAGUCUCCUUGAAAAUCCCAUCUUUCUCUUUCUGGUUUCUGUGUUCUGUUAUCUGUGCUUCGUUCCAAGAACUUAGAAGGAGAAGAACUGACAACUGUUUUUGUUUAAAGAAAUUUUCUGUUGUUUUGGGUUUUUGUUUGGCAGAUGACUUCGUGGACAUGAUGAUCUUUUCUUCAGUUUCUUGAAAGAAAGGGAACAAGAAAAAUCAUGUCUGCGUCUAUAAAAAUAUCGGAACUUUUUUGUCGUCUAUGACUCUUAAUCUGUUUCCUGUUUUGCCUAUUUUCCACUUCAUAACCUUUCUUUAACUCUUUGUUAAGUUUUUGCCUGAUCACGAACCUCAAAUUCCCAGUUCAAAUCAUCAUAAACUUAGUUAAAGAAUUCAAAAAAAGUUCAAGUCUUUUGAAUUUUGUUCUUGCCCAAUUAAUUGUUGAAAUCAAACCAAGCUCUUCAAAUUCUUUAAAAACCAUUAAUUUAUUCUUAAAAACCCAAUCAAGAACAUGAAGUACCCAGUUCAAAUGGCAAAACUUGCUUAAAGAACUAAAAGUUUAAAUCUUUUCUCUUCCAACACACCAAAUCCUUUUAAAAAUCGUAACUUUAUUACAAAAAUACUAAUCUCUUAAGCAUUCCUUUUGGUUGCAAAAACCCGUAUUUCUCUUUUUUCUUUAAAAAAAAAAAAAUCAAUUUCUUGGUCUUUAAGACAAGCAAGAAACAUGCAAGAUCCAUCAACAGCAUUCCAACAAAUGAAACCACAAUUUCCAGAGCAAGAACAGCUAAAGUGUCCACGUUGCGACUCCAACAACACCAAAUUCUGCUACUACAACAACUAUAAUUUGUCUCAACCUCGCCAUUUUUGCAAGAAUUGUAGAAGGUACUGGACUAAAGGUGGUGCUUUAAGGAACAUCCCAGUCGGUGGUGGCAGCAGGAAAAACACUAAACGUUCAUCAAACACUAAACGUUCAAACCCGGAUCCGAGCGAUGAUCCGAACCGGAUUAACAGACGGGUGCCUGAUGCAGCAUCAUCUUCAUCCACAUCAACUACAACAGCAACAUCGAAUUCUCAUUUAUUGGGUAAUGGGAAUUCGGAUAUGGUUGAUCCGACCCGUAUGUAUGGGUUGGAAGCUGAUCAAGAAAGGAAGAUAUUGGAUUUAGGUGGGAGCUUUAGCUCGCUCUUGUCGUCAAACGGUCAGUAUGGAGGUUUUUUUGAUGGUCUGAAUCCAACUGGGUCGAGUCUAAAAAUGGUUCAAAUUGGUGGGUUUGCUGAGGAUUUGAAUUCAGGUCAGAAUCCGAAUUUAGAUGUACAAGGCAGUAAUAAUAAUGGCAGUGGCGGGGGAGGUGAGGCUGGUGGUGGAGGAGGAGGUGGCGGUGGCGGUGUUGAAAAUUACUUGCAGAGUGGUGAGUGGGGAAAUAGUAAUGGGUGGCCUGAUCUUGCCAUUUACACUCCAGGUUCUAGUUUCCAAUAGGGAGGGCGCAUAAAGAAUUAUUUGGGUUAAUCUUUAAUCUUUAUUCUAUUAAAAAAUGAUGGUGUUGUUGAUCAUCCCAUGGGAUAUGAUAUGGCUUUUUUCCCUUUUUCUUGGGUGUUUUUUGUGUGGGUUUUCUUUUGAAAAAUUAUUCACAUAUGAAGGAACAGAAAGAGAAAAAGACUUCUACAGAUUAGAAAUGCUCCUUGGUGUGGAUAAAGAAAGACCUUAGUUUAUAUUAUAACUAUUAAUCAUUGUCUUGAUUAGUGAUAAUGCAAGGGGAUUUGUUCUU